AUGGUAUUACUAGCUGGAGAUCUCUUCCAUGAAAACAAGCCCUCGAGAAAGUCAAUGUUCAAGGUCAUGCGCUCUCUCAGAAAGAACUGCCUCGGCAUGAAGCCAUGCGAACUGCAAUUCCUGAGCGAUGCCAGUGACGUAUUUGAGGGCCACUUUACUCAUGUCAACUAUGAGGAUCCUGACAUCAAUGUGGCUAUUCCAGUAUUUUCGAUCCAUGGCAACCACGAUGACCCCAGUGGUGAAGGAUCGUUUUGUCCUCUCGACCUACUCCAAGUAGCCGGCCUAGUCAACUAUUUCGGACGUAUUCCAGAGGUCGAUCACCCCAAGGCUAAACCCAUCCUCCUCCAAAAAAGGCCAAACAAAGCUGGCAUUUGGCUUCGGCCAAAUGUGCAGCAAGACGAGUGGUUCAACCUGCUCGCCGUGCACCAGAACCAUUCUGCACACACACCAACGAGUUACUUGCCGGAAGAAAUGCUCCCCAAGUGGCUCAACAUGGUAGUCUGGGGCCACGAACACGAAUGCCUCAUCGAUCCUCGGUUCAGCGGCAGUAGCAAUGGUUUCUCCGUCAUGCAGCCUGGAUCGUCGGUCGCCACAUCCCUCAUUGCCGCGGAAGCUGUACCGAAACAUGUGGCGAUUCUCAAUAUCACGGGAAAAGAAUUCGAGGUUGAAAAGUUUCGACUCAAAACCGUGCGGCCUUUCGUGAUGCGCGAGAUCAAGCUCUCCGAGGACACAAGGUUCAAGGGAUUGGACCACAAAAAGGACAAUCGACCAGAGCUGACACGGAGAUUGAUGGCAGUCGUUGAAGAGAUGAUCAAGGAAGCAAGGGACGAGUGGCUGGAAAUACAAGAGGAUCCAGAUGAAGUACAAAAUAAGAUACCAUUGCCCCUGAUCCGCCUGAGGGUCGAAUACACACCAUCGGAAGGGGGCAACUUUGAUGUCGAGAAUCCUCAGCGUUUUUCGAAUCGUUUUGCCGGAAAAGUAGCCAACACGAAAGACGUGGUGCUCUUCUACCGAAAGAAGAAGACGACUAAGAAAACAACGACUGAGAUCGACGUGCCUGCCGAGAUGGGGGAUGCCGAAGGCAUCAAGGUCGAUGAGCUCGUGGACCAGUAUCUCCAAAGGCAGUCGCUCAAAAUCCUGCCACAGAUCCCUUUUGUCGAAGCUGUCGGCGAAUAUGUCAAAAACGACAACAGGAAAGCUGUGGACCAGUUUGUGGCAGAUGAACUCUCCAAUCAAGUCACCAAGUUGCUCGCCUUGGGCGGUAAAGAAGAUGAUGGCCUCUCUGCUGCAAUGACCAGAAUCCAAGCCGAGGCAAAUCGUUUAAAAAACAAAAAGCCGCGGAAGCUCGUCAUGGUAAAACCAAAGCCCGACAAUUGGGACUCAGACAUGGACGGAUCUUGGGAGGACCAACCUGGUGUCUUUGCAUACGAGGACCCCGAACCAGUACCAGAACCAGUAGUGAAACCAAUCAGAGGUGGAAAGGGCCGGCCCAAAAAAACUGCGCAGGUCGUGGAUGAAGAUGAUGAAAUGGAUGAUUUUGCAGAAGAGGAACCCGAACCAGAGACCAAGCCAAAGGGACGAGGCCGAGCAGCCGCUGCAAAGACAACCAACGCUGGGAAGACUCAGGCCAAAAAGCCUCCGGCAAGGGCUGCUGCCAAGGCGACCGCCAAAGCUCCUGCCAAGGGGCGCGGACGAAAGGCUAUUUUCGACCAAGACAGUGAUGAAGAUGAUGUGAUCAUGAUGGACGACGACGACGACGAGCCAGAGCCCACGCCAGCGCCUCCGAAACGCGCCACGGCUGCUACAAGGUCACAGCCUGCGCGGUCACAACCGUCGAGAGCUGCUGCUUCACAAUCUCAGCCAAAGAUGAAGCAAGGGACGCUCAACUUUUCACAGAAGCCAAAGGGCUCUCAAGCGGCGGCGCUAGAGAUUAGCGAUGAUGAGAUCUCUGAUGAAGACGAUGCCUUUGAGUCUAUACCUGUCAAGAAAAGAAAAUGA